AUGGAGAUGUCGCGACGGCCAUACGCCGAUAAGGAGGUCAAGUCCGGCGCGCCGUCCACACUCCGCCGCCCAGUGCGCCCACCGACCAGGAGAUCCAUCACACGCAGUGCACACUGCACAUCCAUCACGCUCAGCCCCACCCACAAUCCGUCGCCGAGCGCGUCUACCACCGCCAGCUCCACCACCUCCACCACGGAAGCUGAUACUGACACCACCGACUUCUUGUGUCCACACUGUUGCCGUACAUCCGCCUCACGCAUCGGCCUGGUCGGUCGCUUGCGAAUCCAUCGCACAGGGACUGGCGAACCAGUACCUGGAGCACCAACCUACAGCCGUCCCAGCCGUCUCCACUGUCCACAUUACAUUCUCACAUUUAUUCACCGCAUGGGUCUAAAAGACAACAAGCGUGUCCACGAAAACCUACGGUGGACAACCGCCGGCUGCACCAAACCAUCACACCCUCCCUUACCAGCAUCUCACCGCACAUUAACAUCACCCACCGCAAGCGCCCAAAUGCCCCCUCCUGCGCAAGUGGGAAGUGUGCGUCUCUACUGCUUCUCCGUGCGACUCCCCUGCUGCAUGUGCGAUCAGAAUCUGAGACGAAGGCUGCGCUCUAGCGCCGUGUCUCGGAGGGCAGCCGAAUGA